GCUCUAACUAGUGCCUUUCGGGUUUUGGACGUUUCUUGCCUUGUUUGGUGCUGACUGAGGAGAGGGCUCGAGAUCUCUUAUUUUCAAGACCGAAGCGGUCAGCCCCUUUUGUUGUCACAGCGAAGAGAGUGAUUUCAGAUGCAGUCGUCCGGGGCGGGCGAGGACACUGCCAGUGGAGAGGGCGGCGGUGGGAGCCCUAACAAGAACCAAGAAACCGUCGCACGACCAGUGAUGCAGUAAGUGGAUUGGAUACGCAAACACUCUGCCAUCUCCCUUCAGGUGAAGCUUGAUGCGUUCGUGUGUGCUGUGCUGUGAUGGUUGGUUGUGCCAGUCAAUCUGAAGGGCACCAGGAUCAGGAUCAGGAUGACGCCUCGUCUGCCCCGCCACUGCCGCCCCCCGCCGACGAUGCGUAGGCACCCAAACACGAAGACGGAGAGAGAGGGAUGUGGAUCUAUAUGCGUCUGUGUGCAGAGGCCCCGCCCCUUCGUGUGCUGCGCCGCCGUCUGGCGGUGAGAGCGACUAGAUCAGAUCACAUAUUGCAUUGUAUCUUGAGUGUCUGUGGGCCUUGUGUGAGUGCAGGUGGUGGUGGUGCCUUGGCUUCGCUGGCUGACGUCACCGAGGAGGACAUCAUCAAUGUGGCCAAUAUGAAAGUGCGUGUGUGUAUGCAGCCAGAGAGAGCAUUCGGUGUGUUGUCAUUCAUGUGUUGUGUGCGCACUCGCUCUGUCAAUCAGCAUCGUUUGGCUGACGUAUUGUCCCAAUUGCCCGAAUUCCCUGAGCUCAAAGGCAAACCACACACAGACAGACACACACACACACAUACACAUACACAUGGAUGGAUGGAUGGAUUGGUGGAUGCAAGGAUGCUUUCUCGUUCUGUGCAUUAUUUCCGUGCAGGCGACAUCCGGCUGCUGCGGUUUCUCCGCGGCUACAUGAACAAUCUCGAUGACGCAGAGAGCGCGUAAGCAACGAAUGCCUUCUUGCGUGCCUGUCUGUCUGUCUGUCUGUCUGUCUGUCCAUUGGACUGUGUGUGUGUGUGUGUGUAUGGGUCUGUGCAGGUACAGGGCCCACAUCGAGUGGCGAGAGCAGAACGGCGUCGACGAAAUCAGACAGGUUUGUUUGUGUCCGUUUGCGCGUUCAGACAUCCCGACACACAGUGCAUCCUCACUGCAUGUGUAUGUGUGUGUGUGUAGGACGUCGCCGCGCGCAUCGGCUGUCCCGAGGAGGUGCCGGGCUACCAGGAAGUGGUCAAAUAUCUGCCACUCAACCAAGCCCUCAGGUCGGUUCAUCAGAUCAGCAGACACACGAAUGAACUCAUCGGAUCUCAUGUGUCGGUGUCUGUCGUGUGUCGUGUGUGUCUACACACCCAACGUUGACAGAGACGAGAAGGGCGAGUACCUUCGGGAUAAGAAGGGCAACCUCCUGGCCAUCGACAGAUAUGGUAGCUAACCUACACACACAGAGACACACACACACACACAGGGAGGGAGGGAGGGAGGGAUAUAUGGCCGUGUGUGCGCCGCGCCCCGCGUGCAGGUGAGUGGGACAUCUCAUCGGUGCUGACGAACGUGCCCGACAGUGUCUUCGACAAGUGGCACAUCUACAGCAUGGAACUCAGAUCCGUCACACUCGACAGGUUAGCUGAGGGCCCACCCAUCAGACCCACAUACACAUGCAUCAAACAAAGAAGUACGUGUCUGUGUGCGUGCGUGCGUGUGUGUGUGUGUGUGUCUGUGUCUGUCUGUGUGUCUGUAGGCUGUCCCGUGCUGAGCGUCGAGUGGUCAAGGUGACCCUCAUUCAGGACAUGGCCGGUCUGUCAAUACGGCAGAUCUCGCGCCAGGCGCUUAAGUAAAGAAACCACACCCCCUGGCACAGACCCAUUAUCCAUUAUGUGUCCAUUGUCCAUUCAUCCAUCGCUCUCUCUCCCUCUCUCUCUCCCUCUCUCUCUUUCUCUCUCUCUCUCUCUCGCUCUCUCUCUCUCUGUGUAUGUGUGUCUUAUGUGUAGGUUGGCCCAGAAGACCAUGGGCACUGCGCGUGACAACUACCCGGAGGGCGUCGCAAAGAUACUCAUCAUCAACACACCAUGGUGUGUACGUUAGCAAACUAACAGACAUAUAGACAGACAGACAGACAGGGGGAGAAAAAGGGGUAGACGGAUGUGUAUGCGUCUAUCGUAUCGGCUGCUUCUAGGAUGUUUUCGACUUUCUGGAAGGGCAUCUCGCGGUGGAUGCGGCCGCGGACACUCGAAAAAGUGGACAGACACAGAUCCAUCCAUCCAUCUCUGAGAGUGUGUGUGUGUGUGUGUGUUGUGUGUGCAGGUGGCCAUUCUUGGCAGUGAGUUCGAGCAGACCGUCUUUGAGAGUGUCGACAGGUACACACACAGACACAGACACACACACACUUUUACACACUCCGUCCCCUGGGACGGGUCAACGCCACAUUGAUUUGAUUGCCUUCAGUGCCAACCUUCCCCCAUUCCUCGGCGGCACCAGCACGUCGCCCCUCGCUGACGUGCCCAAAACCGGACUGCUCGAGGAAGACCGGUGGCUUAACACACACACACAUCCAUCCAUCCAUCCCGUCAAUGUGUGUAUGGUAUGUGCAGGUUCGCCUUGGGGAGCGGCAAGAUCACCGCCGAGAUCGCCGCGGGCAAGAAGCUGCAAGUGCCCUACCAGGUGAGAAUCACAUCAGAUAGACACACGAGUCAGUCGAGUCCACACAUGCUCGCUCGUCCAUCCUCUCCAUGUGUGUAGGUGCGUUCUGGGCACACGAUUUAUUGGGCGUGGGGCGUCAUGGCCAUGGACGUCGGCUUCACCAUCAACAUGAGAACCACCGUGAGUGCGCACUCAGACAACACACCUACAGCGCCCCACACAAUCAGUCCCCUCUCUCUCUGCACCGAUCAGGUGCCGGGCAGCAUGUCUGUCGAGGAGAAAGCCCUCCUCAACUACGCCAGACACUCAUCCGAAAGGUCUUCUCGCAUCCCACACCACACACACAUGAACAUUGGUGUGUUGACGUUCGGAUGCACCCAGGGCGUUGCGAGGCUCGCUGACGUUCGCUUCUGACGGCAUUGUGACGUUCGUGUGGGACAACACAUUCAGCUUCCUCAGGGCGAAACAAAUCGCUUACAAGGUGGGUGAGAGGAACCACACACACACACACACACAGAGAGAGAGAGAGAGAGGCUGGCGUGUGUCGUUCGUGUGUGUGUGCAGAUCGAGGUGGUGCGUCCCGAGGACACCGAGCAGCUGGCGCAGAACCUCCGCGAAGAGUUCAACAACAGCUGAUAUGCCGAUCGAUCGAUCGAUCGGCAUCUGUGUCCGUACGUACGAGAUGUGUGUAGACAUCUGACGUGAUCGUUAGGGUGUUUUUGACCUACCGUAUAUUGAUUGGCGUGAAAGACAUACUUCAGACAGUUUUGCUGCCAUCCUUCCUUGUCGUGCUGCCCUUCUUAUUCCCUUGCCUGCCUGCCCUGCCCUGCCUGCGUGUACCAUACAUACAUACAUAUCGUUUGCUCGUUCAUUG